AUGCAGGAUGUGCAGUGUUAUAUACAGCAGCCAGGCAUGCAGGACGUACGGUGUUAUAUACAGCAGCCAAGCAUGCAGGACAUGCGGUGUUAUAUACAGCAGCCAAGCAUGCAGGACGUGCGGUGUUAUAUACAGCAGCCAGGCAUGCAGGACGUACGGUGUUAUAUACAGCAGCCAAGCAUGCAGGACAUGCGGUGUUAUAUACAGCAGCCAAGCAUGCAGGACGUGCGGUGUUAUAUACAGCAGCCAAGCAUGCAGGACGUGCGGUGUUAUAUACAGCAGCCAAGCAUGCAGGACAUGCGGUGUUAUAUACAGCAGCCAAGCAUGCAGGAUGUGCAGUGUUACAUUCAGCAGCCAAGCAUGCAGGAGGACGUGCAGUGUUACAUUCAGCAGCCAAGCAUGCAGGAUGUGCAGUGUUAUAUACAGCAGCCAAGCAUGCAGGAUGUGCAGUGUUACAUUCAGCAGCCAAGCAUGCAGGACGUGCGGUGUUAUAUACAGCAGCCAAGCAUGCAGGACAUGCGGUGUUAUAUACAGCAGCCAAGCAUGCAGGACGUGCAGUGUUAUAUACAGCAGCCAAGCAUGCAGGACGUGCAGUGUUAUAUACAGCAGCCAAGCAUGCAGGACGUGCAGUGUUAUAUACAGCAGCCAAGCAUGCAGGACGUGCAGUGUUAUAUACAGCAGCCAAGCAUGCAGGACGUGCGGUGUUACAUUCAGCAGCCAGGCAUGCAGGACGUGCAGUGUUAUAUACAGCAGCCAAGCAUGCAGGACGUGCGGUGUUACAUUCAGCAGCCAGGCAUGCAGGAUGUGCAGUGUUAUAUACAGCAGCCAAGCAUGCAGGACGUGCAGUGUUAUAUACAGCAGCCAAGCAUGCAGGACGUCCGGUGUUAUAUACAGCAGCCAG